AUGGACUACACAAAGGGCAUCAUGCCUUUGGGCCAGGUCCACAAGGCCCCAUUCACCAUCGAGUCUCCCGGCGCUGAGAAGAUCGAAGGCGAGACCAUCCCCCGUCGCCACCCCAAGGCCAAGGACGGCCUGCUCAGCAGCCCUGCCGAGGGCGUCCAUACCGUCUACGACAUCGUCAAGCGCAGCGCCCGACUUUACCCCCAACACACGGCUGUCGGUGCCCGUAAGCUCAUCAAGCUACACAAGGAGACCAAGAAGGUCAAGAAGAACAUCGAUGGCGAGGUCCGGGAAAUCGAUAAGGAGUGGCAGUUCUUUGAGCUUUCCAAGUUCGAGUACUUGACCCACGGGGAGUAUCUAGAGCGUGUUAAUCAGAUCGGCUCUGGUUUGCGCAACCUGGGGUUAACCAGCGCAGACAAGGUCCAUCUCUUUGGAACCACGAGCGUCGGCUGGAUUUCCGUAUCCCAUGGAUGCGCCUCGCAAGCCAUUUCCAUCGUAACCGCAUAUGAUACUCUUGGCCCCAGCGGCGUCGAGCACUCUCUCGUCCAGACCAACUGCAGCGUCAUGUACACCGAUCCUCACCUACUCAAGACUGCUUCCGAACCCAUCAAGAAGUCUAACGUCAAGACCGUCAUCGUUAACGCGGCCUGCGUCUUCACCAAGGGCGGCGAGAUUGAAGAGUUCAAGAACAGCAAUCCUGAUAUCAAGGUUAUUACCUAUGAGGAGCUGCGCAAGCUCGGCGAGGAGACACCUGUGGAGCCCAACCCGCCCAAUCCUUCCGACCUCUACUGUGUCAUGUACACCUCUGGCUCUACUGGCCUGCCCAAGGGCGUGUGCAUCUCCCACGAGGGUCUCGUUGCUGGAGUGACCGGUCUCUACACCUGCGUCGAAGAGUGUGUGAGUGACAAAGAGUGCAUCUUGGCUUACCUGCCCCUGGCCCACAUCUUCGAAAUGGCCCUCGAGAAUCUCGUCCUUUUCAUCGGCGGAACCCUUGGAUACGGCAACCCUCGAACACUGGCCGACAGCAUGGUCAAGAAUUGUUUCGGUGACAUGCACGAGUUCCGGCCUACCGUCAUGGUUGGUGUGCCUCAGAUCUGGGAGACGGUGAAGAAGGGAGUCGUAUCAAAGCUGGAGACUGCCAGCCCUGUCCUUCGAGGCUUGUUCUGGACCGCCUUCAACUUUAAGGGGUUCAUGACCAGGAACAAGUUGCCAGGUGCGAACAUCUUCGACAAUAUCGUCUUCAGCAAGGUCCGAGAACUUACAGGUGGCCGCCUCCGCUUUACCAUGAACGGUGCUAGCGGCAUCUCAGACGGCACCAAGAAUUUCCUCUCGCUGGUCCUUGCUCCCAUGCUGGCUGGAUAUGGUCUCACUGAGACUUGUGCCAACGGCUCUCUCGGUUGCCCCCUCGAGUAUUCACCGAACGCCAUCGGUCCUAUCCCCUCUAGUUGCGAGGCUAAGCUGGUGUCGAUUCCCGACCUCGGCUACUCAGCCGACUCGACCCCGCCUCAGGGCGAGAUCUGGCUCAGGGGUCUUCCCAUUAUGACCAAGUACUGGGACAACCAGGAGGAGACGGAAAAGGCUCUUACCCCCGAUGGCUGGUUCAAGACUGGCGACAUUGGCGAGUUUGAUGCCGACGGACAUCUCCGAGUGUUUGAUCGUGUGAAGAACCUGGUCAAGAUGCAGGGUGGUGAGUAUAUUGCUCUCGAGAAGCUUGAGGCCGUCUACCGUGGCGCCCAGACCGUGGCCAACGUUAUGGUCCACGCCGAUCCAGAGUACUCUCGUCCCAUUGCUAUCAUCAUGCCCAACGAGAAGGUGCUUGUCGAGAAGGCUAAGGAGCUUGGUGUCCACGAGGAUAACAUCCACACUAUGCACCACAACGCCAAGGUCCGAAGUUUCGUCCUGAAGGAUCUCCAGACCGCAGCCAAGCGAGCCGGUCUCGUCAGCAUGGAAACCGUGUCGGGUGUCGUCAUCACGGAUGAGGAGUGGAUUCCCGAUAGUGGCCUUGUCACCGCCACGCAGAAGCUGAACCGAAAAGUAAUCCGCGAGGCCUUCAAGAAGGACAUCGACGAGUGCCUCAAGAGCACUGCCUAA